UGUUGUGUAAAUGUGCUAUCCUGUGCUAUCACUCGUGGAAUAGGAAGGGGCGUUUGAUGUUAACGGUACUGACAUUUCGAUUGUUAUAAAACGGAUUAGUUUGCUGAAUCUGUAUCAGUAAUCAAUAAGUACUGCUCAGUUACAGAGGAAUAUAAUUACGUUGUUUUAUGAUCGUGAUGUUAAAGAAGAGGCGGCAAAAAAGAACUGGUUAUUUUGACAGGUUGCAGCGGAAGAAGUAAGAACUUGCCAGCCAGUUUAGGUGUCUAGCAUAAAUGACAAUUUAAGAUUUUGUGUGCUGUUGAUAUUGUUGUGUUUAAAGCAUUUUGAAGGAUUUUCGGAGACUUUGGAGGAAGAGCUGAAAGCACAACGGACGGAAAUUUUUAUUUCAACAACGCUGAAGAACAGUUGAAACCAGAACUUCUUGUAAUGGAAGGGGUGCCAGGAGAUUUGCAAGCAAAAUAUCAAAAAAUUGCUGCAGAAUAUUCAAAGAUGAGAGCACAAGUCAGUGUGUUGAGAAAGGCUGUGGUAGAAGAGCAGACUCGUAACUCAGAAUUGCGGGAUAUUCUGAAAGAGCGGGAGCAGAGUCUGCGCAAAGCUGAACAAGAAAUGGACAGUUUAACAUUUCGCAAUCAACAGCUCACAAAGAGAGUGACUGUACUUCAAGAUGAACUUGAUAUAAUGCAGGCACGUCCCAAAAAGGGGAAAGUGAAAGGUCCUGGAGCGUCACCCAACACAGAGUUAACAAAUCAUGUGUUAGAUGAAGAACUACAAAAGAAGAUUGCUGAGAAUGCAUGUUUAUUAUCAAUGAUGCAGGAUAGAGAUUCUGCUCAUGAGCAGGAGGUGUCGUCACUGACACAGCACGUUGAGAAGCUUGAACAUGAACUGCAGCAGUACCGCGAGGUCAACAGUGAUGCCGAACAGAAGUAUAAAGCUGUGAUUGAACGGCUUGAGGAAGAGAAGGUCUCGCUCAGGCAAGCAGUGGAAGUCAAGGACCGUACUUUGGAGCAGUGCAGUACACAGUUGAAUCUGAUGACAGAGCAAAAAUCGCAGCUGCAGAUGGAUCUGGGCAUGCAGUUGCAGUCAGCAACAGCCACCAUUGCACAACAUCUUCCCUUUGUGGACUCCAGAUGUGGGGAUCUAAAUGAACUGAACAUUCCACGCCAUGACCGCAAACAGCAGAUCUAUGCCCAGCAUGUGAUAUCACAAGCAGGACUUCAUUUACGUGAUCUGACAGCGGCAUUGUCUGACUACCACACAUACAGUGAGCAGCGUUUACAUGCAGUGUUUUCCUCAUUGAGUCCUGUAAAUGGCAGGUUUUCCAGUUACCUGAAAGAGAAUGCUAGAUUUCUGCGUGCCCUUGAGCAAGGCUACACAGAUUUCCAAGCUGGACUUGAGACUGAAAACUAUGUGAGUCUGGAGGUGCUGCCCUCACUACACAAACUCUCUGACCACCUUGCGGCUUACACAAUGUAUCUACAGCGUUUGUUGCCCUACCAUUGUCUCAGCUUCGAAGAGGAAAGUUCAUUGUCUACCUGCACUGAAAUGCUACAGGCAAGCAAUGCGGCGGUGCUUCAACAUACAGCUCAACUGACAGCCCACUUUGCCAAGCUCAACACUUACGUCAAGCUGCUGGCUCUACAAAGUAAGCGAGCUUUUCAGCAUCCACCUGCUUCACAGAGGAGGUUCCUAUUAGAGCUAACUGAAGUCCUAAAGGCUCUGCAUGAAUCUAUGAAAGAUUUAUCUCGAGCAUACAAUCAAAAGAGUAAUUUGGAACAUGAACUGCCUACAUCUUCUGAUCGCCUAAGAACAACAGAUGAAUGCCUAGUGAAGUCCAUAGGAGCUAUGGUAUCAGCUACAGGCAAGUUGGCUGCUGUGUUAUCUGACAGUCUGGCAGAGUUAUGCAGAGUGACAGGAGCAGCUUCCAAGUCAGUAAUAUCAAGUACUGGCAGCAUGCAUCCUGUUGUAUCAGGCUUUAAGAAGAGAGCAGCGCUAUAUGUCAGUUCUCUUGACCAGGAAGAGUCUCCAUCUAUUCCUUAUGAAGACGCCUUGCAAGAACAUGAAGAAGUGAAGAGCAACGCAUUGAGUUGUGACUCCCUGAAUGAACAGCUAACAAAGUGCAGACAACAAGCAACAAAGCUGGAGCAGGAUAAGGAGCAUUGGCGAUUGGAGUAUCAACUGUUGCAGCUUCGUCACUGUAAAAAAGUGAAGGAUUUGGAAGGACAGAUAGAAUCACUCAGUGGUACCACCACACCACAUAGUGAUGAUUCCCAUGCAGAUAAAUUGACACCAAUGGAUCCUGCAACAGUCACCAACCUACUUGGUCGACUGGCGACUCCACUUGGGUUCCCAGCUGAAGCAGAGGCUCGUGAACAGGAAGUGAAGAAUUACUUGACAGGCCGUAUUAACGAACUGGUGGCAGAAUGUCAGUGUGCUGAAACCAGAGCUGGAACACUUGCUGCAGAGUGCCAGGUAUUACAAAAUCGACUGGAAUUAUGUCUUCAAAAUAAACUACAGGCAGAAUCCAGUCUACAGCAAGUGCAAGAUCUUGCUGCAAAACUGCAAGAAGAUCUGCAAACUACCACACACAACUAUGAGACGCAGUUGAGCAUAAUGUCAGAGCAUCUGGCUAACAUGAAUGAUAAGCUGACAGUUCAAUGGGAUGAAAUUGAUCAACUGAAGUACCAGAUGACUAAUAAAUCUGGUCGCAAGGGUAAGCAGAAAUAGGGAAUCUGAAGACAAACCAAAAGAACUGCAUUUGACAUGCCCAUCAAAACAACUCAGGUAAAGUGUAGCUGAUGUGUGUAUGAAUGUAGGCCUUUCUCUUAUGGAUGCAGUGUUAGAAUCCAUAAUUUGCAUAUAUUAACUGUCUUUUAGUGCAUACAAUCUCACUCAUCACUUCACACUACAUGUUUCGGCAUCAUUCUGCCAUCCUCAGGUAUAUUAAUCAUGUUGAACCAUUGCACUGCUUGCCAUCAAGUGUCCAUUUAUAAAAUGAUAUAAAAUGUGUUUGUUUUGUUCAUUAAUAAAAUUUAUAUAUUAAAA